UCGCGCGCUCGUUGUUUCUGUCAGGACUGCGCUCAGAGUGAGAGCUCUGCACACGUGAGGACCAUAGAUGAAGGUAAAAUACCCAGAUCUUGCACCCAACCUGUGACCCUUUCGGAUGUAUUCGCAGAAAAUGAGAGCAAAUACAACAAGUGAACACAGGUUAAUCUUUGUCUGAAUCUUUGGAGAAUCACAUGAGCAUGUAUAAAUCCGGUCUGAACAUGCUCCGGUGUGCUCUGAGAUCCACGCCGCUGUGGAAAUGUGACUCUUUUAUAUGGACGCAGACGUCUUUAUGUUAUAAAAGCAGAAGCUUUGCUGUGUCCUCUCAGCUGGGGAGAAAAAGCACACGAGGACACGCUUUAACACCAGUCCGGUAUUACUGUCAGAGUGCAGAAGAAGUUCUUAAUCCUCAGAUAAGACAAACAGCUGCCUCUCCAGAGACCAGCGAACUCUCAGAUAAAGCAGAACGGACUCCUUUCUACACACACUUGCAGAACUGUUCGUGCCCGGCGGAUGUGCUGGACACGGUGAAGAGGUUCCCAGCGUCGCAGCAGCACCUCAGCAGCAUCUUCUCACGCAUGUGGGAGAGCUCGAAGAGGAUGACGGACGAGCAGCGGCGCUGUGAGCUGCAGCUGAUGUUUGAGCACCCGGUGUUUGAGGAGGUGUGUGAGCGCACCGUGGCUGAUGCCUGGCGCAUGAGGAGUGACGAUCUGGCCUACAGUCUGCUGGCCAUCAUCAACCUGGGAGUGUCACAAAACACACGUGUUGUGCAGACACUGCUGCGCGUCACACAGGAGCGGCUGAAUCAGUUUGAUAUACGGUCUCUUUCGGUGUUGGCUUCCUGUAUUCGGGAGAUGGAAAACAGUAGGAACGCUCAGGCCCUGAGAGAGGCUUUAAGGUUGUUGCUGAAGGAUCGUAUUCCUGAGAUCCAGAAUGUGGUUGUUCUGCAGAGCAUGAUGCGCGCCGUGGGAAAAAACUCUCCGAUACUUCUGAAGAAAGAGCUGGCGAACAAAGCUCUGUCAUUGGCAGAUGGGUUUAGUCCACCCAACACCCAGUACAUGUUCUCCAGCCUGGCUGCCAUGGGCCUGAACUUCAAACCUCUGCUGGAUGUCUGCAGCAGGAAGAUAGCUGAAAACGUGCAUGAAUUUCCCUUCAAUAGACUUCUUUCGGUACUGAAGUCCUGCCAUGAGCUUCACUACAGGAACUACACGCUCUUCAGCUCCGUCUCGGAGUACGUGGCCAACACAUUUGAAAUGUGGUCCAACAGACAGGUGAUUCUCUUUCUAGUAUCAUUUGAGAAUCUUUUGUUCAGACCCGUGGUCUUGCUGGAUGCGUUUGCAGAGAGAAUCAUUCAGAAGUCCGAAAGCCUGACCCUGAAAGACCUUCUCUCCGUUUUAAAAGUCUUUUCGCUCCUCAAUCACGACCUGAAAGAGAAAAAAACACAGUUUCUGGCCAGUGUCACAAUGGUCUUAGAGUCCUACCUUCCAAAGAUGUCUCCCACAGACCUGUUGAAAGCCAUCUACUGUCUGGGAUUGCUGGAGCACUUCCCCCAAACCCCGCUGGAGAAACUGCUAGAGAAGGACACACUGGAGCAGCUCCUAGAGAAAGGCAGACAGUCGGAGAAGAUUCAGAGGUGGCUGCACACGCUGGAUCUGUGUUUGCGACUGGAUAAACCUCAGCUGACCUCUGUCCCAGACCUGCACAUCUCAGUUCCUGCUCCUGCGGUCACAGCCAACCAGGAAGUGCUCAGUGCAGUCAGGAGCAUUGUGGGAAAUGAUGCUGUUCAGGACAGUGUGCUGGAGCAGAGCAUUUAUUUCAUUGACUGUGUGAUCACACUGCCUCAUCAAACAGAAGAAACCUGUGGCCUCAGUGCAAAGGAUUCUGGGUCACCUCAGUGUGCCCAAAGGAUUGCAGUGGUCUGCGCCCCGCAAACUUCAUUUUGCUUCGGUACAACACAUCCUCGAGCCAGCUUGGUUAUCAAACUUCGGCAUCUUGAAAAACUUGGUUAUAAACCUGUUUUGAUUCCUGUCCUUGAGCUCAACUCAAAAACUGAGGAAGAGAAGAUUGAAAUGCUACACAAGCUGAUUUUUCCUGCACAGAAAUCCACUGCAACACAAGAAAUACUGAACAACAGUCAGAAAACAGAGUGAAACUCACUGUUCCUAAGAGAGCGACUCUGUUCUAUUUAAUUCCCCCUCAUGCAUGGAGGCCAAUUUGAUCUUACUCUGAGACAGAUAUAUGAUACAUAAUAUUUAUUGAUGUAUAAUAUCAAUAUUGUACAGUUAUGUAUUCUUCCUCCUACACCGAGAUAUUAAAAUCAUUGAAAGAAUAAAUAUGAAGUGAAUUUUUUUAAUAAUAAAAAGCUGACUUUUUA